AUGCCGGCACAUCGAACCCGCUUGGCUUUCGAGCCCCUCCCGCCUCUGCUAGAUGUCCAGCAUAUUGUUGAAUCUACUCCCAAUUUCGACUUUGCCAUGAGAAUCAACUGCGAUACGGUCGACGAGUUUCCGCUGGAGGAUUUCGAGAGGCUUAUCCUGUUCCAGGUUGUGUUGACUGGACGGCCACUGGUCAUCGAGGGUUUUCAUCAUCGCUUUGAUAAGGUUCUUUUUACCGAAAAAUGGCUCCGAGAAAAGUACUCGGAGAAAACCGAGGAAGUUCGAGAUCUUGUUCGGAAGACAAACCAACGCUUUUCCAUGGGACACUAUUUAGAGAGCCUUGGACUUCUUACUCGCCAGAUCACAACGGAAAAUUUCUCGAGCAAAAAGGUGCAGCGCCUGUAUCUCAAGGAUAUCGACUGCCCCCCGGAAUGGCGUGAUUACCUCGAGAAACAGAUACCACCUUCACUGUUCUACUUGAAUGAAGGGCCUAGGCCAUUUGAAGGCCCAGCUUCGCAAAACACCAAUUUCACUCAAGGACCGAAGACCGCCCAAGGUGAACCCAUUGCCCCGGCAGGCGAUCUAAUGAGCAGUCUUCCCGCAAACAUGCGUGCAGAGAAUCUGAUGUGCUACAUCGGCCACGAGGGCACAUAUACCCCUGCACAUCAAGAGAUGUGUGCCAGUCUAGGGCACAACAUAAUGGUUGACGCGUCCGAUGGGUCUCCAGAAAACGGCAAACCAACGGAACCGGGCUCUUCAAUCUGGCUCAUGACAGAGACCAAGGAUCGACGAAUUGUUUCUGAAUACUGGAUGUCUGUUCUCGGACACGAUAUUGACAUUGAGGAUUUCUUUGCUCCUUUGCAUGCAUGGGAGAUUGCACCAUUCAAAACCUGGGUUGUUGAACAGAAACCCGGCGACCUUAUUCUUGUUCCUCCUCUUGCUGCACACCAGGUCUGGAACCGCGGUACUCGCACAAUGAAAGUUGCGUGGAAUCGCACCACAGUGGACACGCUCGAGCUGGCUCUGCGCGAAGCUUUGCCACAUGCGCGGAUGGUCUGCCGUGACGAACAAUACAAGAACAAGGCCAUUGUGUACUUUACACUCGAAAAAUAUUCAAAGUUAUUGCGACAGGCUAAAAAGCUUGACCAUGCUGUGGUUGACCAACUAUGGCAAGAUUUCAAAAGACUGUUCAAUAUGUACAAGAACAUUUUGUUAUCUGAAUCCUUUUCGCAGAAGAAACCGGAGAAGAGUGUCGAGUACCACGAAUUCCAGAGCAAUGUCACUUGCUCAUAUUGCCGAUGCAACAUCUUCAAUAGAUUCCUUACCUGCCCCGGCUGUGCAGAUGCCUUUGGUGGCGAGGAUGACCCCUACGAUGUAUGCAUGGACUGUUACGUCAUGGGCAGAAGCUGCGGCUGCGUUUCCAACCUCAAGUGGAUGGAACAAUUCCCAUGGAAAACCUUGACAGAGCGCUACGAGGCAUGGCGACGUUUGAUCAUUACUUCUGACGAUAACAGCAAAGAACUGAAGGCUCAGUUCCCGACUUUUGUUGUUGCCCGAGGUCAGGCUGGCAAAAAAUCAGUCGCAGAGAUCUGCCAAGAGCAAUUGGCGCGUCACAACAUACAAGACGACGAUAGCGAUGAUGAAAAGACUCGAUCUCGGAAGCGAAUUAAAGUCCGGCGGUCCCUCAAGGCCCAGGCAGGUGAUGUUCACCGCUGUCACGUUUGUCUUCAUUUUGAACACAACUGGAAGCUUGCACCAUGCUCGAACUGCGACCAGAAAUACUGUUAUGGAAGCCUUUACCGCGCCUUCGAAAUAUCGCCUCAAGAGGCUAUGGAGAAGCAUCACUGGCUCUGUCCAAAGUGUCGUAAAGAGUGCAGCUGCGGUGCUUGCCAAAAAGAUCCAUCCAUGAAGCCAUACGAGCCCAACUGCACCGUUCUCGGCCACGAUACAAGCAAAGUGGCCGAUCCCCGCAGUAUUGAAACCCUGGUGGACUUCCGGAAAUCGAAUCUAUGGUGGCUGAAGAAAUUUGGUGAUGAUGUUCACGGACGCAUUCAAAAGCGUCAAAAAGAAGUGGAGGAAGCUCAACUGGAACGGCAAAAGACUCUGGAACAGCAAGGUUUCAGCUUCGAGUCCAGCCCAUUUGAUCAGCCGGCACAGAACGGCAACGGCAAUAGCAACAGCAACAGCACUGGCAAUGAUAGCGGCAAUGAUACCAACAACGAUGAAAUUCAGUUGAGCGCGAAUUGUCUGAAUGAAGACAUCCCUGUUGACCCAUCUCUGCAGUGA